GAGGAACAAACAGACCUGAUGCCACUGAAAGAGGAGAGUCAAGAACUGAAUGAAAUGGAAGAGAAAGAUCAAGAUUUCAUGACUGGGGAAAAAACUUUUAGUUACUCACAGGAUCAUGAAACAGAAUCUAGGAACCUUAAAGUCCAGAUGAGUGUUCACACUGGAGAGAGUCCUUUCACCUGUCAACAAUGUGGAAAAAGUUUCACUCGAAAAGACAGCCUUAAAGUCCACUUGAGAAUCCAUGCUGGAGAGAAGCCGUUCACUUGCCCUCAGUGUGGAAAGAGUUUUACACAGAAAAAAAACCUUAAUGCCCACUUGAAACUUCACACCGGAGAGAAGCCUCACACCUGCAAACUGUGCAGGAAGAGCUUCUCAAUUAAAGGAAGUCUUAAAAUUCACACGAGAGUUCACACCGGAGAGAAGCCGUUCAUCUGCUCUCAGUGUGGGAAGAGUUUUAAACAGAAAAAAGAACUUGAUGCCCACAUGAGAAAUCACGCUGGAGAGAAGCCUUACGAAUGCAAACUGUGUGGGAAGAGCUUCACACGAAAAGCAAGUUUUAAGUCUCACAUGACAAUUCACAAGGGAGAGAAGCCUUUUGUUUGUGAUCAGUGUGGAAAGAGUUACAGAUAUAAAGUAGGCUUUAAACAUCACAUGAGGAUUCACUCAGGAGAGAACUGUUUUAGAUGUCGUAAGUGCCCAAUGAGUUUCUCAGACAGGAAUCACCUUAAGAAUCAUGUAAAAAUUCACAUCGUAGAGAAGACUUACAUGUGCAAUCAGUGUGGAAAGAGUUUUACAAAAAGAGCCAAUCUUGAGAAUCACAUAAGAGUUCACACUGGAGAGAAGCCGUUCACCUGCCCUCGGUGUGGAAGGAGUUUCACACUUAAAGGAAAUUUUAAGAUUCACAUGAGAGUUCACACUGGAGAGCAGCCUUACAAGUGUCUUCAGUGUGAGAAGAGUUUCACAUAUCACACAGAACUGAAACGGCAUAUGCAAAGAAAAUGCUGUUUUCCACAGUGUGACAAGACAUUUAGAAAAAGCAAUUUCAUUCUAAAGAAAGACAUUUCAGUGUAAUGCAAACACCACACUUACACAUACCUAUGAAAAGUCAUGUAUUUUUCAGAACCUGUUGGUGUUCUUUGUUAAAGAGUACGGCAAUAGAACAUGUGUAUCUGUUAGAAAUCAAGGCUACUUUCACACCACAACUGAAUGUGAGCUUCAUCUGAUUCGACUUUAUAACCACUUAUUUUAUUUGUAUUGUUAUAUUUUUUAUAUCCUUGCCAUCGUCUUUGCUAUAGUCUCAAAUAUUAAGCAGACACCCUUUAAUUUAGACUAUUUAGAGGCGUUGCUCCGUGUCAUAUAUGUUGGUCGUUUUUUUUGUGAUGGGGUGUUUUAAAACGGGGACAUUUCUGAUGAUGGCUCUAGUUGGGGAUAAAACAACAAAAACCUGGACUGUCCCUCGAAAACAAGGACGUUGGAUCGCCUUACUCCACACAAACUCAUCAACUCGUGUUAAAGGCAUUGCAUCGUUUUAGUUUUUAAGAUGAUUCGAGGACCUCAAAACAUUGGAGAAUGACAUGCUCAUGAUUUCUUCAUGUGAAUGAACACAUUGAUCUGCAGUUUGAUGCC